CUACCCACCGAAUCUUCCCCUUGCCCUCUUCCUCCACCCAAGCCAUUUAACAAGUUCCACACUUCACCACGUUGUAUCGCUCUUGAGAUCACACCCCGUGGUCUCUGUAGUGUGGGAGGAAACCGGAGCACCCGGAGAAAACCCACGCAGGUCACAGGGAGAGUCCGGACUCUAUACAAACAGCAUCCGCUGUCAGGAUCGAACCCGAUGCUAAUCCCCUGGCAUUUGAUCUGUAACCUUCCAGGCUAGAUGGUCACUCAUGUUCUUGGAGUACCUAUCUGAAGCAGUGUGUUCUAAAUUGAACCACCCUCCGAGUGAGAAAAAGUCUUUACCAGAUCUCCUCUGAACUAUAAGGUACACAAAAAUGCUGGAGAAACUCAACGGGUGCAGCAGCAUCUAUGGAGCGAAGGAGAUUUGGGCCGAAACCGAAGGUUGCCCCAUCCUGUCUCUCAGCUUUUCUUUCCCUUCCUCCCCCGACAAUCAGUCUGAAAAAGUGUCCCGACCCGAAACGUCACCUAUCGUAUUCUCCAGGGCAGGGUACAACCCAGCGGUAUGAACAUUGAUGCCUCUAACUUCGUAAUCAUUGCUUUCCCCCUCUCUCUCUGUCCCUCCCCCACCCUAGUCAGCCUACUGGUUUCACUGUUGUCCUGCUUAGUUCAACCUUCUCCUCAGCCAACAAUGGAGCAUUGUGGGCUCCAUCUUUCCUUGGUUAACGUUGCUGGCUUUGAUUUGUCCUUCUGCACACCUUUCAUUCAUUUGUUCUUUUGCACCUAUUCAUACCUCUAGCUUUCCUCUCCCCCGUCUCUCCGCCUGGAGAAGGGUCUCGACCCGAAACGUCACCUAUUCCUUUUCUCCAGAGAUGCUGCCUGACCCACGGAGUUGCUCCAGUAUUCUGUAUCGAUCUUCGGUUGUAAACCAGCAUGGGCAGUUCCAUUGACGUACAGCUGACCCAUGGCUUGGUCAGCCAUCGGGAGGAGUAGAUGGCUAAUGUGUAGUGUUUUUCAGACAACCUCUACACUGUAGCUGCGGUCAUUCGGAGGGCCAGACGAGCGAUCACAGGAACAGAACUGCCGAUCAAUGCGGAGAAGAGAUCCACUAGACAUUUCAUGGAAGGCGUCUGGACCAUACUGAUCUCCUUCAUUCAUUUCCUCAUGGCUGGGGUCAAGUGCAUCGUCAACGUAUGUCACCGGAGGCAGCCCAGGAAGGUGGAGCCCUCCAAGGGCAAGGAGCGAGCUAAGACAUCUCCCCGCAUCGUGACGCCCGCGCCACGCAAAGGCACCCCUCGCAUCUCGGAGCCGUGCGAGCCGGUGUUGAGGCGAACUUACCGCGACCAGAUACUGUCCAUCUACCAGCCAUGGGGACGACAAUGCGAAGCUGCAGGUGAACUACACCAGGCGUGUCUCGGCCACCAGCUCCGCCAGUUCGCAGUCGCAGGUCUCGGCCGAAGACUCGGGGUUGGUCUCCAUCAGGAGCUCCCCGUCCACCACCCCGUCUGUGUCAGUAUCUGGCUCUUCCUGCACCUCGUUCGCCUCCUCCUCUUCCAUCUCCUCGGAGGAGGACGAGAAGAAGCCCCCUCCGCCAGCCCCUGCCCCUGCCCAGCGCCCCUCGCCCACCCCCGGGCGCAGAGGCCCCCAGCCCUCGCCCACCCCCGGGCGCAGAGGCCCCCAGCCCUCCCCCGCCCACCCCGGGCGCAGAGGCCCCCAGCCCUCGCGCCCCACCCCCGGCCAGCGCCCCUCCGCCCCCCCGCCCUCGCCCGCCCCCCCACCCCCGGCGCCAGCCCCUCGCCCACCCCCACCCCCGGGCGCAGCGGCCCCCAGCCCCGGCUCCAGCCCACCCAAGCGGGCAAGCUCGGCGUCUCGCAGCUUCAAGCUAAGAAGCGGCGGAGUUUGCAUGACGACUCCCAGGACUCUUCCAGGGGCUCAACGCCGACCCUCCCCGGUGCUGUCUACCCGCUGGCCACGGAACGCAACAGCAACGCCAAGCCCGGCAAGUGA